UAGAACCAAAACACAAUUAAACUAAACAGACAGAAAACUAUAUGUUACAAUAGUGAGUCAAAGGGGAGCUUUAAUUAUUUUAUUUUUUUUAUUUAUUUAUUUUUGUGUGUGUGUGUGUGUGUGUGUAUUUGCAAGCACCUUGUUUCGGGGAAGACUGAGAUUAAAGCAAAGCUGUGGUUUUGGUUUACAGAAGUGGGAGGAGUCAACAUAGCCCUUGUUCUUCAAGUAGUCAUAGCACAGAUUCAGCAUUUUCAGACAAGAAAAUCUGAUGAUGGAGCUAAGACUAGGCUUCAAUUCAACAUCUAACAGCACUGCUGUGGGUUCAAAACAGAUUGCUCCUGCUGUAGUUCUGGGUUUGUGCUGUUUGGUAGGUUUGCCAAGCAAUAUCGUAGUAAUCAUCAGCAUUGCUCGUGAGUGGAACAAAAAUUUGAGCUUUACCUUAAAACUAAUACUAAACCUUGCUGUCUCUGAUGCUUUGACACUUUGCUUGGCUCCUGUGGUGCUGUGUGGAAUACUGUUUGGAUGGAAACUCGACAUUUGGUCUUGUAGGAUCUUGAUCUUCUUGGGUCACUGGAGUCUGUAUGUUGGUGUCCUGAUGGUCAGCUCCAUGAGUGUGCACCGCUAUCACAAUGUCAUCAAGUCCAGAGUCACUAACAGGAUGAUACUGCACAGACUGGAGAGACGGCACAGGCGCCUUCAGCUGAUUGGCAUCUGGAUUCUAGCCUUUGUUUUUUCCCUACCAAUAUUUUUCACUCAAGGACUCAAAGACAAAGAUGGAUUGCAGAGAUGUCAGAGGACAAUAGGGUCACAGUCUGUGGUAGUGGCUCUUCUGCUUCUUCAGAUUUUGUUGGGGUUCAUCAUCCCAUUUUUGAUCAUGUUAACAUGUUAUCUCUGGUUGCACAAAGGUUUGAGCCAAAAAGCCAAGAGCUCCAAUCUAACUAGAGCUCCACAGAACCAGGAACCCAGAAAUCAGGGGUCAAAUAUUUGGACUUACAAGAAGAGACUUGUGGUCAGCAUCGUUGUGGCUUUCUUUCUGUUUUGGACUCCUGUGCACAUCAUCAAUGUGAUUGAUAUAGUUACUACUCUGACUAAAACUUCUCAUCCAGACGUUCAUUCCCAACUGAAGUCCUUCCGUAGAGUUUGUGGUGACACAAGCAAGACUCUGGCUUUGCUGAACUGCUGUCUGAAUCCUUUGCUUUGUUUUCUUUUCAAGGAAUGUCAUAAAGUGUAGGUUAACAUUUAUAUGCUUUUGAAAACUAAAUGUCCCCAACACAAGAACCAAACCAUCAUAUUGAAGAAAAAUUAUGUAAUGAAUCACCAUCUUUGUCAUGCACUUAUUUUAUAUGAACUGUUGUACUCUUUUGGUUGUGGGGAUUCUCUCUGAAAUUGGUCUGAGAUCGUACCGGCUGUGAUUAAAGCAUAUUCAAAGGCAUUGUCUGGAGUCUGUCUGGGAAUAUCUAUUACAAUUAUUAUUAGAUUAUAUUAUUUUAAUGAACACACAGUAUAGAUAAUCACGCACAAUAACUACAAUAUACAGUUAUGAACCCUGGUUCCAUCCUCUCUCUUUACAGUAAUAAAAUCAUUAGUGUCUUAUAAAUGCUGCGCCACUGUAAUACUGAAAGGCAGACAGGUUUCUGUAGGUAUUUUAUCUCUAUAAUGGAACAUAAGCAUAAUGGGACACCUCACACCUUUGUUUCAUAACCCUGGUGCUAAAUGGUCUAACUCAGAAACAAGGAAGGAAACACUGCAUGUUGGUUUUAGCACCUUGUUAAGUUUCACAGAAGAGUACCGGACAUGUGGCUGACAUGAUG